GGCCUUAAAGGCUGUCAUUUAAAUAUACUAUAGCUUGAUUUCACUUUUUUUUUUUUUAAGAUUUUAUUUAUUCAUUUGACAGAGAGAGAUCACAAGUAGGCAGAAAGGCAGGCAGAGACAGGGGAGGGGGAAGCAGGCUCCCUGCUGAGCAGAGAGCCCGAUGUGGGACUCCAUCCCAGGACCCUGAGAUCAUGACCUGAGCUGAAGGCAGAAGCUUUAAUCCACUGGGCCACCCAGGCGCCCCUUGAUUUCACUUUUAUAAAUGGAGGUAAGGCAUAUAGUAAAUGCACUCGGAUGCUGAUAAGCACUGCAGAACUAGAGGAAAUCCUCAAAGGCUUUCCCUCAUCAGGCUGACGAUGGCUCGCUUCACACAUACCACACAAGACUUCUGUGCAGUAUAAAAUAGAAGAUCAAAAGCAGGGUUGACUCUUUUCUGAAAAAGUUUGGUAAGGCCAGGCAUUUGAACACUGAGUCACAUGCACCAGAACCAGGCACAUGGAGGACAGCUGACUCCACAGAUCCAGGGACUUGGGUUUUGCAAUGGAACGAAUAUGGUUGCUGUUGCUUCUAGCAAUUGGAGUGCUUCUGGGGUCUGCUCAGUUUAAUGGCUACAACUGUGAUGCCAACCUCCACAGCAGAUUUCCUGCUGAAAGAGACAUCAAUGUCUACUGUGGGGUGCAAACCAUUACAAUGAAGAUUAAUUUUUGCACUGUACUUUUCUCGGGUUAUUCUGAAACUGAUCUGGCCCUGAAUGGAAGGCAUGGGGACUCCCACUGCAGGGGCUUCAUCAACAACAACACCUUUCCUGCAGUCGUCAUUUUCAUCAUCAAUCUUAGCACCUUGGAGGGCUGUGGAAACAGCUUAGUGGUAUCCACAAUUCCAGGAGUCAGUGCUUAUGGAAAUGCAACUUCAGUCCAAAUAGGAAAUAUUUCGGGAUACAUUGAUACUCCAGACCCACCAACAAUCAUCAGCUAUCUACCUGGGCUUCUCUACAAAUUUAGUUGCAGUUACCCACUAGAGUACCUGGUUAAUAAUACCCAGCUUGCCUCGUCCUCAGCUGCUAUUUCUGUGAGAGAGAACAAUGGUACGUUUGUCAGCACUUUGAACCUGCUCCUUUAUAAUGAUUCAACCUACAGCCAGCAGUUAAUUAUCCCAAGUAUAGGAUUACCUUUGAAAACCAAAGUAUUUGCAGCUGUACAAGCCACUAAUCUGGAUGGCAGAUGGAAUGUCUUAAUGGAUUAUUGCUACACAACACCAUCAGGAAACCCAAAUGAUGAUAUUCGAUAUGAUCUCUUCCUUAGCUGUGACAAAGAUCCUCAGACCACCGUCAUUGAAAAUGGCAGAAGCCAGCAGGGCCGAUUUUCCUUUGAAGUGUUCCGAUUUGUGAAACACAAGAAUCAGAAAAUGUCUACCGUCUUCCUGCACUGUGUUACCAAGCUCUGCAGAGCUGAUGACUGCCCCUUCCUUAUGCCUACUUGCGGCCACAGAGAAAGAAGAGAUGCGGGGAGGAGGACCACUUGGAGCCCCCAGAGCACGUCUGGAAGCGCCGUCCUCUCUGCUGGUCCCAUCAUCACUCGGAGUGAUGAGACUCCAACCAACAAUUCGCAGCUUGGUUCUCCAAGUGACCCUCCUUUCCAGCUGAACACCGUUACCAGUGCACUGAUAUCAGGAAUGGUCAUUCUGGGAGUCAUGAGCUUUUCCCUUCUCUUGUGCUCACUGGCCCUUCUACACAGAAAGGCACCCACCAAUUUAGUGUUGAAUGGCAUAAGAAACCCAGUCUUUGACUGACUGUAACAGGUCCCUCCUUUUGGGAAAAGGAUUCACUGACCAUACCAUGGGUGACUUGUUAGUGUUUCAUCCAAAUUGAAUGCCAGCCAGCAUUUGGUAUUUAUAGGUUUGAUAGAUUUCACAGUGUAGCUCAUUAGCAUGAUGAUAGUGAAAGAAUUUUGAUGCUAUUGUUCUUGUCAUUUAUGUAUGUGGUCAGCCCUAUUUGUUUGGCACCAAUUGGUAUAAUGGCAAUAAGCAAACAAUAUUCAGGACUUAGAUCUUACAGGAUCAGUCACAUUUCAUUUUAUUUCAAUUUUCUUUUGAUUUUUGGUUGUUACAGAGAUAAAGGUGGGCGUAGAAAAAAAUACAUUUGUUGCAUUCCCCCCCACCCCCGUAAGUGUUAAAACCUGAUGUAAUAGCAUUUAGAGUUGUAUAUGUGGUCCUAAAAUGAAAGUCACUCUUUUGUUUUAUUCCAGAUAAUUCCAGCUUGGGGAUAUGUUUUAAUUGGACUGGCCAAUUUGGACACAUGAGAUUUAAUUACUUAUUCUAUGACCUGUGUUUUUGGCUGAUUUCCAUGUCCGAUGACAUUCAUUAAAAAACAAAACAAAACAAAACAAUAAACUCUUGGGAAAUGUAUCUUAACCUGGACCAUCUACUUGUGUAGCAAAUAGUAAAAAUAGUCAUUAACCUCUGAAAGAUACUAAGUGACCCUAGAUCAUUAUUCAUUUGUAUAGGAAUGACUGUGAUCAGUUUUCUCCUGGUUCAAGUGAGAACAUUAGCACAUGUUGACUCUCCUCCCAGGUAAACCGCUCAGCUGCUUUUGCAAGAGCAAAAGCACUGCUAUUUCUAGUAGUGAGGCAACUGCAAAGGUCUUUCUUCUUUCAAGAGCCAUUACAUAUGAGAAAAAACCAUAGUUGUGGGAGAGGACACUGUCCCCACACAUACGUGUAGUGUUCCCAUAGGGGUUUUUAACAACCUAGUUUCCCUUUUUUUCCUAUGACAAAGAGGAAACAGGCUAAGUGUGUUUUGCAGAACGUUGUUGCUGUCUCUAUGAAAAAAAUGUCCUUUUCCCACAAAUUUUUGAUGCUGGCUAAACAAAGAAUCUGGAGGAGUCUAACUUGUUAGGGUGUCUUCUUGAAAGUAUCAUGUUCACCAUGGAAUAAACAGUAUUUUCCUAUAUAGUAAGCUGCAAGAAGUAUCUGGUCUUUUAUCAGUUUUGCAAAAAGUUUUUAAAAGCCAAGUUUAAGCAGACUGUUCUUACAAAAAAAAAAAAUUAUCCUUCCUUUUCUUCAGCCUAUCUACACAACUGAAUAGAACAAUUCAGCGACAACCAUCAAAAUCUAGCACAUGGCUACUAGAUGUGUUAUGUUACCUGUAACAACUGCUGUAGAGACUAAUUUAUAUUCAGCAUUUGUGAUCCAUUAUUCAGAACUUAAUUUAGUAUCCUAUAUGCAAAUCGCUAUGCAAUUUUAAAUUUGUUUCAAAUGAAGUAGCUAUGCUCUGAAGUUAAUAAUUAAAUCAAUCAUCAAAUGAAAAACGCCUUUUCUCCAAUUUGCCUGAACAGAUUAGAAGAAAGUGUUUAUAUUAUAAUAAUUAGCUAUAUGAUUGCCUCAACUUUCUCUUUCAAUGUUUAGAUACAGUCAAAGUGAAAUAGGUCCAGAAAGUCUUUGGAUAAUUUAUUCAAUAUUAAAAAGUCUAACACUUAGAAAGCCAACUUCCUCUUCCCUGUGUUACUUCAAAAUCCCUUUGAAGUGACCAUUCUGAACUUUAUCUGUAUUAAGAAUUUAUUUUCUACUUUAAACAGAAAAAUCCUACAGAAAAGAAAAAGUACGGACCAUGUGUGCUACUUAUGUGAUCUUAUAUGCACAUGGGUAAUUAAAAUAGUUUAGUAGAUCUAUUUCAGAUACUUUAAGUGAAUUGCCAUUAAUCUGAGGAUUAAGUCCUGUGAAUAGGAUGUUAUCAUUGAAGCCAGUUGGUCAGUUUGAUUUUGUGUUUUUGGGAACUGUUUCAGGUCAGUGACCUUUUACAUUCUAUAUACCACUUUUUAAAAUUGAGUAAUGGACACAUCAUUUUGUAAGCAACUUACAUCUCAGAUUAUUAUUUUUUUUUGCCUUCCUGUCACUAUAAAUGGGAGAAUCAGAGCUAUAAUGAGACAAACCAUGUUUGUUUUAUAUAGUUUUGUUCUUAUCAACCUGCAGUUAUGUGUAGUAUUUAGUUGUGCUGAAUAUUUUGGUUACUAUGGUGUGAAAGCCUUACAAAAUAUGUGCAAAUGUUCCUUCAGUUUUAAUACCUCAAACUGUUUUUGUUUUGUUUUGUUUUGUUUUGGCACUUCAGGGGUUAGUUAGGUCUGAUGACAUGUAAAAGAUGAUUGUUUAAUAAAAUAAUUGUA